CCGGCCGACCGACGUCGUCCGACGUCACGUCCCCCGAUUUUUCUUCGCAGCGACGCCGAUCGACCUUCGCGCCUUCCAACAACUCUUCCAAAAUUUAUCAAGUAAACUACAUAGUAGGAGUAGGAGUAGGGUAUCGGUACGGUAUCGUGGUAAUAUUCGUAAACAACUCCGACACAGUACACACGGUACACCGUACGUACGUACGUACGUGCUACGUGUGACAUAAUACGUGUACGCCUUGAAGCAUAUGUAUACGAUGUCUACGAUAAUACUAUCGACUAUCGUUCGAAAUAGACGAUUAUUCUACUCUCGAUGGGAUUUUAUUGUGUAUUCGCAUGUAUACGAAUGCGGAAUAUACGUGUCCGCCGUAUGCAGUCGCCGUCAAAGUGGGUUCGACGAAAGUGCGGACCUCGUGGGACAACGACCGUUGGUCAAUCGGUGCUCGAUCGCGGACCGAUGCAAAACUCGUACGUACGGUACGUACGGUACAUACAUCUGCGGGCGAUCGCUAGACGAGGCAAAUUGGAUUUUUUUUCACAAACAUGCGGCCGUUGCUCCAUCAAUGACAACGUACGUAUGUACAUACGUAGUACAAGUAUACCCGUCUCACAUGAUACACGUAUGCGUAUACCUCGAGGAAUCGAGCGUCUUCAACCUUGCCAGUCAAUCCGAAGCACCCGAAGUCUGGCUAACCCGUGGUGACUUUGACGCAGACCGGGAUAUAGCUUCAUCGUGUGUAUUUACAACGAUGAUACAUCGACGUUGUGUUAUCUGAUACCGUAUGCCCAGACUUUAUACCCGUUCAUACGCAACGCAACAUGAUUUCACAUUCGUACACACGUGAUAAUUACGGCACGAGCUUAUGACGUUGAAAGACAAGUGUCCGGUCGCACACCACCGUAGUCAACGGAGCAAUGCCGAAGCGAGAUACGGGAUAGCGACGAUUUUGCGAUUCGGAGUUCUUGGAAUUUCAUUUUUGCAUUAUCGUGCGAGGAAAGAGUGGAUCUGCGGCGUCGAGACCUCUGCGUAUUCGAUAUAAUUUAUACGCCGGAACUCAUAAUGGAGGUAUUCGAUGAUUGCGGCACCGCAAACGGCGCCCCUGGGAAAAGAAUGCAAUAUCGGCUCGCCCUUGUAGGAAUUCGCGGCAGCCUCUAUUAUAUCGUCGUCUCUGAUCGUCGGGUCGUACGCUCGUACAUCCCCCGCGGCAAUCUUUCAACGAGAACCCAUUUUAUAGCAGUUAGUCGGGGACUUGAGCCGGCGGGGAUUACGGGAGAUCGCCAAGUACGUCCCGGCGAUACAUUUUCACACCCCGCCGUCGAUUCGCAUUGAUUAUCACCUUGAUUAUCACGCGAGACGUACAAAUUUGAGACUUGUCGGUGUAUGCGAUCGCAACUUACUCGCAAUAAUAGCUAACGGGUUAAGGGGGGACCGGGGCAGGAUGCAUUGAAGAGUGUUGGGGGUCGGCUUGGAAUUUCGAGUGAGCUGCCGCAGUACCAACUCCACGAGCUUUCGCCGGCAUUUCCUUUUAUUUAUCCGCGGACACACGAGCUAUGGGGAGCAACAAAAUUCAAAAAUGACCCAAGGAAGCACCACCUCGAUAAUAUAGAGAAAUAAAAUACGUGUGUACAUACCAGGAGAGAUUAUCGGGAUUGGGGAAUGGGAAUUUUUUGUGCGAUACUCGCGCAGGCGUCCCUGCAUUCGUCGCGUCGUCUUAUAUCGUAUUGUUCGGCGGAAGACUUCUGGUAGUCGGAGCGCGAGGUAUCGCGAGGAGUCUCGAUCCGAACCUCGUCUGUACCGGAUGCGACGGGGCGCCGUUUCCGACGCCUGUGCAGGAUACGAUCUCCGCCGAAGCCGGACCGCGGUACACCUGGUGCGACACCGGACUCGGAUUCCAACAUUUCUCUCAAUUCUUUGAGAAAUUCUUCAAGAUCGCAGUUGGGAGGAACCGGACAUUCCGUUGUAUACCCAGUCGAUCGGUUACGAGGGAUACAUUCAUCAUGAAAAUUGUCUCGCUCUUUCUCAUCGCUGGAAAGAUUGGCUUGGCUUUUUCGCUGUCCUUGCACGACGGUGAUCUCGCGAUCGGCGAGGCCGUCGCAGCGACGACCAACGGGACGAAGGAUGACAGAGUGCAUUCGGUGCCUCUGGGUUCCGAGUCCACCUUUUACUGGAGGGCCGAAUCGACGGACGAAAGGAUCACGGCAGAGGUUCACUACGUCGGGGAUGAAAGCGCUUGGUUCGCCGUUGGAUUUUCCGAUUACGGGGAAACGAAGCCAGCGGAUUAUUGCAUUCUGUGGAUCGGCUGGCACAGUGAUGUCCAACUACAAGACGUCUGGGCUGACGGUGACGGGGAACUGCACGUCGAUCAACAGCAGGAUUGCAACAAUUUUCUGUGGACGAAACGUGGAAAUGUUACCAAAUUCUCCUACUCGAGAAAAUUCGACACUUGCGACAGCGAGGACUACGUAAUCCAAGAUGGGACGACGCACAUUGUGUGGCUGAGGGGCGACGGACCCUUGUACACGAUCGCCGGUCUCCGAACGUCCGAUGCAAAAGUUGCCGGGAUGGCGAGAGCGCAGUUACCCAAGGUAGUGCCCCGAGAGUCGUCCGUACCCCGAGAUACCUGGAAACUGGAGCUUGUAACGAACCGGGUUCACGUUCCAAACGUUGAAACGACAUACUGGUGUCACGUGCACGAGCUCCCAUUCUCUCUGACGGACAGACACCACGUCCUCCGAUUCGGACCGCUCGUCCAGCCGGGUAACGAACACCUGGUACAUCAUAUGGAGGUAUUUCACUGCGCCGGUCCCGCCGACAGAUCCAUCCCUUUGUACAGCGGACCCUGCGACCAUGCCGAUCGCCCGAAAGAAACCCAGGUGUGUCAAAAGGUUUUGGCGGCAUGGGCGAUGGGAGCGGACGCGUUCGUCUACCCCGAGGAGGCGGGGCUGCCGAUAGGCGGGGAGAAAUUCAACCGGUAUGUGAUGCUCGAGAUUCAUUACAACAACCCCGAGCUACGCGUGGGCCAGGUGGACUCUUCGGGGGUCCAGUUUCUCCUGACCAAGACUUUGCGCAGGUACGACGCUGGCGUUAUAGAACUCGGACUCGAGUAUACGGACAAGAUGGCUAUACCCGCGGAACAGGAAGCAUUCACACUGACCGGUCACUGCGUCGCCGAAUGUACGGGUGUGGGACUACCGCGCGACGGCAUAAGGAUAUUCGGAUCGCAACUGCACACGCAUUUGCUUGGUACCAAAGUGGCGACUCGCCACGUCAGAGAUGGAUUCGAACUGCCGAUUCUCAAUCAGGACAAUCACUACUCUACGCAUUUUCAGGAGAUCCGGCUUCUCCCGAAGCACGUCACCGUAUUGCCGGGAGAUUCUUUGAUAACGACGUGCACGUACAAGAGCUUGGGCAAAAGAAACAUCACCCUGGGCGGAUUUUCAAUAUCCGACGAAAUGUGCGUCAAUUACGUGCAUUACUAUCCGAGCACGAGGCUUGAGGUCUGCAAAAGUGCGAUCAGCAGCGACGCUCUGAGAACAUACUUUCGUUACAUGCGAGACUGGGAGAACCAACCAACGUCGAACGGGAAGGGGAUAUCGGAAAAUUACCGGAGCAUCGAAUGGAACAAGGUCCGAGUAGCCGCGUUGCACGAUCUCUACACAGCCGCUCCACUAGCUAUGCAGUGCAACGCCUCGGACGGUUCGCGGCUUCCUGGUCUCUGGGAGAACGCAGCUCCUACCUCCAUCCGUUCGCCAUUAACACCCCCAGCUCGUGACUGUCCAGGUACCGACGAUAACGCGAUGUGAAAAACCUUGGCCUAAGAUCAAUCGAGUCGAGUAAUUUGGGCUUUGAGAAAAAUGGUAACGACCAAUCUUGUCGAUCCUACGAUACAAUCUCUUUCCAGUUUGACAAUCGGUAAAUUUUCCGGCUGACUAAUCCGCGACAGCUCGCUUAUACAUGUUUAUAUCUAUCAUAAUUAAAGUUUAUAGCUAUAUAUGUGUAUAUAUAUACAUAUAUAUACAUAUAAUAUACAUACAUACACAUGUAUACAUGUACACAUCUGUAUUCUUAGUGCUCCAGACGCUGAUUCGCGAAAUUUAUGGACAAAUUGAUGUUAUGGAUGAAAAAUAAAUUCAAAUCUCACGAUC